AAUACGGAAGUGAAAGCAAAGCGGAGAAAAGUCCAGAAGCUUUGAUAUUUGUCUAUGUUCUUCCCAGACGUAAUAUGUGAUGCCCCAGAAGCAUGUCCUCACCUUAUAUAUAUAUUAAAAUGUCACCUUACAAAUUAGGCAUAUACAUUUGCAUCAUUCACUGCCGUUGUACACUGCAAAUAAGUGAAUAACAAUAACCGAGUUUGAGUAUGGCUGAGGUUCAGAUGGGAGAGUCUGAGACUUUUGCAUUCCAGGCUGAGAUCAACCAACUGCUUAGCUUGAUCAUCAACACCUUCUACAGCAACAAGGAGAUCUUCCUUCGUGAGCUCAUUAGCAAUGCUUCCGACGCACUGGACAAAAUCAGAUUCGAGAGCUUGACAGAGAAAUCGAAGCUUGAUGCUCAGCCUGAGCUCUUCAUUAGGAUUGUUCCUGACAAGACCAAUAAGACCCUCUCUGUUAUAGACAGUGGCUCUGGCAUGACCAAAGCUGAGUUGGUGAAUAAUCUGGGGACAAUAGCGAGGUCUGGCACGAAGGAGUUCAUGGAAGCACUGCAGGCGGGUGCAGAUGUUAGCAUGAUUGGGCAAUUCGGUGUUGGCUUCUACUCUGCCUAUCUUGUUGCCGACAAGGUCAUUGUCACCACCAAGCACAACGACGACGAGCAAUAUGUCUGGGAGUCUCAGGCCGGUGGAUCCUUCACCGUCACUAGAGACCUCCAAGGUGAACCCCUCGGUAGAGGCACCAAGAUCACCCUCUUCCUCAAAGAUGAUCAGUUGGAAUACUUGGAGGAGAGGAGAAUCAAGGAUUUGGUGAAGAAGCACUCGGAAUUCAUCAGCUAUCCUAUAUAUCUAUGGACGGAGAAGACCACGGAGAGGGAGGUGAGCGACGACGAGGAGGAAGAAUCCUCCAAGAAGGAGAAGGAAGAGGAAGGGGAUGUGGAGGAGGUGGAUGAGGACAAAUCAAAAGAGAAGAAGAAGAAGAAAGUGAAGGAAGUGAGGCAUGAGUGGCAGCAGAUUAACAAGCAGAGACCGAUUUGGCUGAGGAAGCCAGAGGAGGUAACGAGGGAGGAAUAUGCAGCAUUCUACAAGAGCCUCACCAAUGACUGGGAGGACCAUCUCGCAGUGAAGCACUUCUCCGUGGAAGGCCAGCUGGAGUUCAAGGCUAUUCUCUUCGUUCCAAGAAGAGCACCCUUUGAUCUCUUUGACACCAGAAAGAAGCUCAACAAUAUCAAACUCUAUGUGAGAAGGGUCUUCAUCAUGGACAAUUGUGAGGAACUCAUCCCUGAGUACCUCGGUUUCGUGAAGGGCGUCGUGGACUCCGAUGAUCUCCCACUCAACAUCUCCCGCGAGACGCUUCAGCAGAACAAGAUUCUCAAAGUCAUCAGGAAGAAUUUGGUGAAGAAAUGCAUUGAGAUGUUCUUUGAGAUUGCGGAGAACAAGGAUGACUACAACAAAUUUUACGAUGCAUUCUCCAAGAACAUCAAGCUUGGGAUUCAUGAGGAUAGCCAGAACAGAGCCAAACUGGCAGAGCUUCUUAGGUACCAUUCAACCAAGAGUGGUGAUGAGAUGACAAGCCUCAAGGACUACGUCACCAGGAUGAAGGAGGGUCAGCAGUCUAUAUACUACAUCACCGGUGAGAGCAAGAAGGCUGUGGAGAAUUCACCGUUCCUCGAGAGGCUUAAGAAGAGGGGCUAUGAGGUGUUGUUCAUGGUGGACGCAAUUGAUGAGUAUGCUGUUACUCAGCUCAAGGAGUAUGACGGGAAGAAGCUUGUCUCUGCAACCAAGGAAGGGCUGAAGCUGGAAGACGAGACGGAAGAAGAGAAGCAAAAGAGGGAGGAGAAGAACAAGUCAUUCGAUAAUCUGUGCAAGACAAUGAAGGAGAUUCUUGGUGACAGGGUGGAGAAGGUGGUUGUGUCUGAUAGGAUUGUGGACUCGCCGUGUUGCUUGGUGACGGGGGAAUAUGGAUGGAGUGCAAACAUGGAGAGGAUCAUGAAGGCGCAGGCUCUCAGGGACAACACAAUGAGCUCGUACAUGAGCAGCAAGAAGACUAUGGAGAUCAACACUGAGAAUGGGAUCAUGGAGGAGCUCAGGAAAAGGGCUGAGACUGACAAGAACGACAAGUCCGUCAAGGAUUUGGUACUGCUCCUCUAUGAGACGGCGCUGUUAACGUCCGGUUUCAGCCUCGACGAUCCCAACUUGUUUGCGUCGAGGAUCCACAGGAUGCUCAAGUUGGGUUUGAACAUUGAGGAGGGUGAGGCUGCUGAAGAUGCAAACAUGCCGCCCCUUGAAGAGGAAGCAAACGAGGAGAGCAAGAUGGAAGAGGUUGACUAAACUAGACACCAUCAUGUAAUAGUUUUGUAUAUGGUAUCAUGUAGCUUCGGUGCUUGCUUUGGAUUUGUUUCGGGUUAAACUAAUACUAUUACACUAUAGUGAAUUAGUGAUACCAGCCAAGACUUUCUAAUAAUAAAUCAGAGAUAUCACCCGUUAUGUUCCAUAAUAAAUUGCAUGU